AACACUGUCUUCCUGAUCUAUCAUUGACUGAUCCCUGCCAUUUGCAACUGGUAGCGGUAACGACGCGUAAUUAACGGUCAGUGAGGGGUUGUUUGCGUUUUCUUGCGGUGUCUGCACACAUUCUCUUUAAGAUUGCGAGUGAACUGAAUCGCGGUUUAUGGCAAUUUUUUCUCGAUUUGCGUGUUUCAUGUCCGUUGACUAUUUAACUGUUUAUGUGUUAAGUCCCUUACAUUCACAAGAAAAAAGUGUCCACUUCGCCGCAAAAUGUACGAAAGCUCUUGUUCUUAUCAAGGCGCUUUGGAGUUAAAACGAAGCUCAGGAAGUACGUGCCCACUAGGCAUAAAGACUGAAGAAUUCGGAACAGCAGCCGAUUGGCCUGCUUAUAGAUUUUGCAACCCAAGCACAUUCGAACAACUUAAACAAAGCGUCGAAAAGGCAAAAGCAGCUCUGCAGGACAGAAGUGGCUUUUUAGGAACGGGAAGCGCCUUCAGUGAUUUGUACAGCGGAGUGUCUACCACGGGGAGAUCCCAAGAGAAUUUACAGGAUAAUGGCAGGACACGCGAAAGCGGCGAUAAUGACACGAAGAGAUUAAGUCAAGGCAUAGAUCGCACGGAAAAAUCAUCCCACAGUCACUUGUCAUCACCAAAAACAUACAACAGUAUUUCAGAGACACUCAGUAGAACAAAAUGUGAUACGUCAUACAAAGGAUCAUGGAGCACUCAUGCCACCUCACAGUCCCAAGGUUAUGGUUCCAACACGUUAACUGGUAUGACUAAAGCGUCAUUAGAUCCUCAUGGACAUCUUAGGCAACCCGAUCCAUAUCAAAUGUUUGGACCCACGAGCAGUCGUUUAGCGAGCUCAGGUUCCGGACAAAUUCAGUUAUGGCAGUUCCUUUUAGAAUUAUUAAGUGAUUCUUCAAAUGCUGCCUGUAUAACAUGGGAAGGAACGAAUGGUGAAUUCAAACUCACAGAUCCUGACGAAGUAGCACGUCGAUGGGGUGAAAGGAAAUCAAAACCUAAUAUGAAUUACGACAAAUUGUCUAGGGCUUUAAGAUAUUACUACGACAAGAACAUUAUGACGAAAGUGCAUGGCAAGAGGUAUGCUUACAAGUUCGACUUUCAAGGAUUGGCAGCUGCCACACAACCGGCAACGAGUGAUCCAAGUAGUUACAAGUAUCAAAGCGAGCUUUUCAUGAGUUCCUAUCAUCAUAGUGCUAAGCUGGGAAGCUUUAUGAGUCCACAUGCCGUCGUGCCAAGUUCAGCAGGUUCAAUUUUUCCGUCUCCUGGUUCAUACUGGAGUAAUCCUAGUGCGAAUCUUUAUUCGAACAUCGCAGCCAGCACGCAUUCGAUCGGUCACCACGCGGGUCCUCAUCUAGGAGCUCCUCCUCUUGGCUCAUAUCCUCACUAUGCAUGACCUGCUACAAGCUCAUCGCCUGGGCCAGACUGGACCAGAAAAUUGCCGAUGUAAUCAGUCACCAAUUUCGUAUGUGAGUUAAUAAUAUUUGCGACCUUUUUGACUCGGGAGAUGGGUUACGAAACAGUAUUUAAAAACAAGAUUAGUUGAAAAUACUCAUCGUUAUGAUUUGCCAAUAGAUAAAAUGUAGAAGACUGGUAAAAUAUCAGUUUUAUUUCAAACGAAACGUUCUUUUUUGUUUGGCGAAGAAGUUUCUAGUCGCAUUCCAAGAGAUUAAUGUUACCUCUAAGGUAUAACUUGAUAGUGGUGUAAUUCCAGUGCAAUGUUUUAAUGUAUAUAUUUAGUAAAUUUGAGAUGUGUAAAGAAAGACACAAACCGCAAUAGCGGCGACUGUGAUAAGAUGUUUUAAAUAAUUCCCCACUCAUCUUCUAUAAAAAUUAAUUUGCAAAUAUCCAAUCGUAAUUUUCAUAGAUGAUGAAUCUCUUAUGUUCCUCUCAUUUUAUGAAAACAUAUUUAUUUUUAAAUUAUUUUACAACCACUCCUUAGAUUAUAAUCAUAAUGUUAUUUUCGUAAUUGUACAUAGUUCUGUAUAUUGUAACAUCUAGUCGAUAAGUACCUAUCUGUUGUAAGCUUGAAAUAGAGAAAAUAGAAUUUAGACGGACGAUAUGUUCAAAAAAAUAUCAUAGAUGUACUAGUCAUAUACCUAAAUGUCAGACGUGUAAAAAGCCAUUUUGUUAAGGAGCCACAGAAUGGCUGCCACAAUCUUAAAAAAAUGUAUAAAUGUUAUGUAUUUAUUAUACAAAAUAUAGCCUAAAA